AAUCCAACAUCUAUCGACAUGGUUCUCCAAUACGCUGCCCCUGAGAAAUUCCGAAAAGAGCUCGCCGAGACUGCUCGUGCUAUUGUUGCUCCUGGAAAGGGAAUUCUUGCUGCUGAUGAGUCCACUGGCACCAUUGGAAAGCGAUUUGGUCCUAUCAAGGUAGAGAAUGUUGAAGAGAACCGCAGAAUGUAUCGUGAGCUGCUCUUCACUGCUGGUGCUGAACUUUCCCAAUACCUCGGCGGUGCCAUUCUUUUCGAGGAAACUCUUUUCCAGAAAACUGCCGCCGGAAAGCCCUUUGCUGAGCUUCUCAAAGAGCACGGUAUUGCUGUUGGCAUUAAAGUUGACAAGGGUACUGUUGAACUGUCUGGAACUAAUGGCGAGACGACUACCACUGGUCUUGACGGCAUGGCAGAGCGUUGCCAGAAAUACUACCAGGCUGGUGCUCGGUUUGCCAAGUGGCGAUCUGUUCUCAAGAUCGGCCCAGGAAUGCCUUCAUAUCUGUCCGUGAUUGAAAAUGCCAACGUUCUUGCUCGCUACGCUUCCAUCUGCCAGCAAAACGGUCUUUGCCCUAUUGUUGAGCCUGAGAUCCUUAUGGAUGGUGAUCAUGAUCUUGAGACUGCCGUUGAGGCAGCCCAGACUGUUCUUGCAGCUGUCUACAAGGCUCUUGCCGAUCAUAAGGUUUUCCUCGAGGGUACACUGCUCAAGCCCAACAUGGUCUGCCCUGGUGCUGACUGCAAAACCAAGUACUCUCCCGCCGACAUUGCUCGUGCUACUGUCACUGUUCUCCGCCGCACUGUUCCUGCUGCUGUUCCUGGCAUCACUUUCCUCUCUGGUGGUCAAUCUGAGGAAGAAGCCACUGUUCACCUCAAUGAGAUGAACAAAGUCCCUGAAGUUCGUCCAUGGGCUCUUACUUUCUCUUAUGGCCGUGCUCUUCAAGCAACUGUUCUCAAGGUCUGGGCUGGAAAGACUGAAAACAUUCCUGCUGCACAAAAAGCUCUCCUUGUCCGUGCCAAGGCCAACUCUGAGGCUGCUCUUGGAAAAUACAAGGGCGAUGCUGCUGGCACUGGUGCUACUGAAAGCCUCUAUGUCAAGGACUACAAAUACUAAAUCAGCAUCUCAUCCUUUGUUUCACUAAACCCUUGCAUAAAGUGUCGAGUAAAAUGAUUUAGUUCAAUUCA